AUGGGUGCUGGGAUACCCAUGCCGCUGAGGCGCCUGAAGGGAGCCGUAGAGAAGGUGAAAUUCUUGCUCUCGACCAACCUCACCCGAUGGCUCUACAGCGGUGGCGCCGUCGCUAGCCGGCAGCAACGGCGGCUGAGCUUCAAGGAGCCAUACGGUCUUUUAGACGUCGUUUCCAUCAUCGACAGCGAGGAGUUCUACGACGCAGCCUCUCCGCAGUGCCCCUCCGACGCUUCCACGCCGAGAAUCCUCGGCCGGACGAUGAGUAGCGUCUGGUCGGAGAUCUCCAGGAACUCCGGUGCCGCCAUGGACGAGGCGUUGAGGACGACCAGCGGCUCGCCGCCGCGGGCUGAUGACGUGGACGACCGAACGGAGAACUUCAUCGCCAUCUUCCGGCGUCACCUGGAGGUGGAACGGCAGAUCUCGCUCGAGCUCCGGUACUGCAUGUCAAACAGCUUCGAAGGGGAUCUCACCGGAAUGACGCCACCGCCGCCACCGCCGCCGCUGCCGCCGGUGGUUUAG